AUGGCCAUGGCUUCUUCAAUGUCUGAUAACCGAUUUGUAAUGGGGUACCCCUCCAUGAAUAACGACGGUAAUAAGUAUUCACAAGCACCACCACCACCAGUACCGGGGUACGUCCUGCAGGGAGCUUAUCCUCCUCCUCCUCCUCCACAGCCCCCGUAUUUUGGCUACCCCGGCGCCCCCACCGAAUCUAAAAAGCAGGUUUCUCCAUCUUUCAACGUGUGGUACAACUCGAGGAAUUACGGGCCAUCGGGUUGGGCCCUCCCUGAAGACGACAGUAGCAAAAGAUUUGGCCGAGUGAUGCUGCUUGGUGAUUUGGUUCCUAUUCGUACACAAAUCCCAGAGUUCGAUGUUUCAUCGCUCGCUGUAUCCAAUCUCAAUGGAAACGAUUCCGUAAUUACGGCCAAUUGGGAUGUUAACAUUACUGUCUUCAAACCUGACACCGAUCUCAGAGUUGAUUUUGAUUCCGUCAAGGCUUCCAUCUUCUACAAGAAUUAUCCCUUGGCUGCCGCUGCCGUUGAGCCUUUUUAUUCGCACGGGAAUCGUCUCCUUAGUCUUCAAAUUAGAAUGGAUAAUGCCACGGCCCCGGCAAACCUUUUCUAG